AUGGAGAAUCAUGUAUGUGCGAAGAAAUUCCCCCGCCCAUUUACUGAGUCUACAUCAAUUGAUAAGUCUGGGUACAUAAUAUAUCGUCGCCGGAAGAACGAAAAUGCUAAUGUUUUAAAGGAUGGAAUUCUUCUAGACAAUGCUUCUGUCAUCCCUUAUAACAUAGAAAUUCUGAAGAAGUAUGCAGCUCAUAUAAACGUGGAAUGGUGCAAUAGGACAUCCGCUAUCAAAUACCUUUUCAAAUACAUCACAAAAGGAGUCGACAGGGCGACAGUUCUGGUUGAGAAAGGCCCCGACCCACCGACAUCCGAGAAUGGAAGCGACCCCCAGACAUCCGAGAAAGGCAAGGAAAAGGUCAAGAAAGUAAGGAAUGAGAUAAAAGAGUAUCAAGACUGUCGAUACUUAUCCGCUUGCGAAUCCAUGUGGAGGACUUUCGGUUAUUCUAUACAUAAACGCCAACCAUCCGUCAUGAAGUUGGUUGUCCAUCUGGAAGGUGAACAUAAUAUCACUAUCAAAGAUACGGAUAACCUAGGAAGAGUUAUACAGAAGCCAGGCAUUGAAAAGACUAUGUUCACCGAGUUCUUCACAUGGAACAAUAGCUUAAAAGUCUGGUCAGAGAGAAAGAGAGGAACUUCAAUUGGUCGGGUUGUUACUGUACAUCCCGCUUCAGGGGAUCGUUACUAUUUGAGGAUACUGAUAAACAAAGUGAAGGGCCCGAGGAGUUACACUGAGCUUAGAACCUUCAACGGUGUCACAUAUCCCGAUUUCAAAAGCACCUGCUGCGCACGAGGUCUUCUCGCUAACGAUGCUGAAUGGCACGAAAGUAUGGCCGAACUCAACACAUGGGGUACACCUUCUCAGCUUAGAGAGAUGUUUGUCACGUUACUUAUCUACUGUCAUGUUGCUAACCCUAAGGAAUUGUGGGAUAAGUGCUGGAAAACCCUGAGUGAGGACAUCCUCUACAAGAAACGUAAGGAAUUCAAACACCCGCAGCUAGAAAUAGAUGAUGCUAAGCUCGAGCAGUAUACAUUACUUGAACUCGAAAAGGCUUUGCGGAACCAAGAACACACCCUUACUGAUUUUCCAGGAAUGCCUACUCCUGAUCCUCUCCUACUUAAAGAGCUAGGUAAUACUUUGUGGCAGCAAGAGCUACAGUAUAAUGUCGCCGAGGAGAAGAGUAGACAUGACACCCAGUACAUGUUGCUCAACCGUGAACAAUUGGACGUCUAUCAGGCUAUUAUCGAGUCAACUCAGGAAGACUACGGGAAGCUAUUUUUUGUCUACGGGGCUGGAGGCACAGGCAAAACAUUUUUAUACCAGACAAUCAUUUCAAGACUACGGUCAGAGAAAAAGAUAGUCCUUCCCGUUGCUUCAUCUGGAAUAGCAGCCCUACUACUACCAGGCGGCAGGACUGCCCACUUCCGUUUCAAUAUCCCAAUCGAUCUAAAGGCCACAUCAACCUGCCACAUUACACCUGGAACUAUGCUCGCAGAGUUAAUAGAAAAGGCAGCUCUAAUCAUAUGGGAUGAGGCACCUAUGACACACAGGAAUGCUUUCGAAGCCCUCGAUAAGUCCUUAAGAGACAUUCUUUCUUUACAUGAUCCCAAAGCCAAAACUCUCCCAUUCGGCGGAAAAACUGUUCUUCUAGGAGGUGAUUUCAGACAGAUCUUACCAGUCAUCCCACAAGGCACCAGAACUGAAAUUGUGUCUGCCUCCAUAAGUCAUUCAUAUUUAUGGGAAUCAUGCCACAAAUUCACCCUCCAGAAGAAUAUGCGCCUCAGCGAAGAUGAGAAAGAGUUCUCCAACUACGUCCUGAGGGUUGGCGAUGGGAACCCCCUACCUACUGAGGUCAAUGAAUUUGAUGAAGAUGAAGAAGAUCAGCUCAUUUCUAUUGACCGAACGUUGGUCGAGGAGCUCAGCUCAGAUCCUCACAAACAAAUUCUAGAAGCAACUUACGGGCGAACUGACCAGUGGAAAGGAACCAAGCAAGACUAUACAUAA